GAAUCAUUCCAUCGAAACUCACAGAAAUGUCCUACACCCCUCUCUCCCUCCACAUACAGUAAACCCCUUGUUGGGUCAUCUUCAUCCGUCUCUUGAUUUCUUUGAUGCUUUCCAUAUCACCCGUUGUAUUGAAACUCACCCAAAGCAUCGCUAUCAAGCAUCUACCAAUACCAAAUACAAAUACUCCACCAUUCCGUCCCUCCCGCAUAAUCCGGAUCGCACCCUUUCCACCCUUUCCUUACGUUAAUUAAUAUUCCACGCUGUGCCCGAUCUAGUAAAGCUUUCUUCAGCAAUCGUCAUAGUCUCUUAGCUUUUCCACCAGCGUUCACUCGGUCUUGCGCUGGUCAAGGAAGGUGGCCUGGGAGAAAGCAUCAUUGGAGAUUGGACAUCCUUGGAGUCAUCACCGAUCAUCAUCGUCACACGAAUUAUAAACUGGAUAGCGUAGAGCUUAUUCACAGCUCUCAUAUACAUUCAACUCCCUUCCCGAGACUUCACCUGCUCAUCAUCUUACUCUUUUAUAUCGACAAACAGCUUCGAACCAAAAGCUCCCAGACAGAAUUAUCAACAUAUACCCGUUUCGUCACAUUAAACACCACAAAAUCAUUUCAAAAUGGUUUCAGUACCACAACUAGCUUUGAGGGUUCUCCAAUUCCUCUGCGUCCUCAUUGCCCUCGCUCUCGUCGCCGCGUCCAUAGAUGACCAGUUUUACGGCAACUCAAGUGUGAACUGGGCCAUGUUUGUUGCCGUUUUCUCAAUGAUUGUCGUUUUCUAUGGAAUGGCAGCCGCAUUCGUAGAGUCGCUCGCGCAACCCAUGAUUCUGGGUGCUAUGGAUGGUCUUGCUACCCUCUUCAAUUUCAUCGCCGGUGUUGUCCUUGCCGCCAGACUCGGUGUACACAGCUGCAGUAACAGAAGGUAUCUUUUCAGCAACAGCUUGACACAGGGAAUGGCAGAAAGAUGCCGGAUGCUCCAGGCUGCCACUGCAUUUUUCUGGUUCGCUUUUGCCUUGUUCGCUGCGUCCAUCGCUAUGGAUUUCAUCGGUGGAGGUUCCAGCAUGGCUCGCCGUAGCAAUGUUCGCAAAAGCGCUCCCACCAUGUCCCAAGUCUAAGCAAAGAAUUGGCAAACAAUGGAUCAAGUGGCGACGAAAGCUCACUAUUCGCGGCCAGGGUAAUAGGAUAUUAGGUAGGGCUGAAUGCCCAUUUUGAAUUGCGUUCAGGCGCAAAAGCUAUGUAAACGAUGUUUAUAUCUUUACGAUUAUAACAUAGGGAAGGGAGAAGAAUCUUUGGACGCUGUCUUUUGAUGUGUACUAUAUGCUCGGGAAUAUGGACUUAAUAAUACCAUACUUAAUAAUAAAUAAAUGUAUUCGGUGCCUUUGCCA